UAUAUACCUUUCAGUUCGGUACACAGGUACAGGUGUGAAAGCAAGUUUCGCUGGUCGGACGGAGUCGAUGAAAAGUCACGUCCUUCCAUUUGCAUUACGAAUCAAAGGAUGUGAUUUUUCUGUGGAGAUUUAAUUCGUGAAUACCCUUCUGAGUGAGAAAAAUCUGUAUUGUGAUUAUCCUGUGUUGAUGCGAAGGAAAUCGUGUUCUAACAAGUGCUGAGCUUCCUUUUCAUAUUCUCACAGUGGUCGUGUAUAUAUGUAAGAGGUGUACCUUUGACACGUCCAUACAAAAUAGGACCGUAUAGGACUUUAUCAUGUUCACAGUUUUAAUUGAUGUACUGUAAUUAACCAAAUAUCUCGGUGAUGCAUUCCCUGGUUUGUGUAUACAGAUAUUAAUUAAUGAAACUAGGUUAAUUAGCAACAAUCAUGGGGAAUCUUAAGUCCAGACUAAAACGGUCUAAAAGUAAAUCCAGGAAGAGUGGCCACGUUAAUCUACCUGAAUCUAGUUCGUCACGAAAAACGGUGGACCCUCGACUACCGUUCACUAACUACAGACAGAUAUUCAGCAUCAAAAAUGCCUGGAAAAAUGUGAUGAGGACUAUGGAGGACACCGCCAAAGAUCACCUCAUAAGAUUCUUCGAGCGUUUCCCCACGUAUAAGGAAAGCUUCCCAGACAUAAAGAACUUGCAGACAGAAGACGCAAUGCGGGAAAGCCUCGAGUUUGAGGUUAGGGCAGGCGACAUCUUUCAAAUGUUUGAUGACGUCAUCGUUAACCUAGAAAGUGUUGAUAUAGGAUUAGAAGAAAUCCAUCGGGUUGCUGCAUCAGGUUCCGUGACAGUUUCAAUGGUCAAGGAUAUGAAGGUCACUUUCAUGGAGACGCUGCGGCAUAACCUUGGUGACAGACUGACUGACACAACUUCAGAAAACUUCGACAUGUUAUAUGAUUUCAUAGUGUCAGAAAUGGAAAGGGCGUGUUGAUACACGCUAAACUAGCACCGCAUAUAACCUCAUUGGGUCUGAAUGUCCAGAACAUAAAAAGGCAAAAAAAACAACUGCAAAUGGAAUGAAAUACCGAAAGUUGUACAUAAACAAAAUAUAAAAAUAUCUUGGUAUAUGUGAUCUCAUGAAAGAUUUUUAAGAUAUUCAUUCAGUUUUUCAUCAAUAGUUCCGGGAAAAGUCGCUUCAAAAUUGUUCAUUUUUUAAGUCUUUAAGAUGUUAAUUGAUGCUCAUUUUGUUACAAAGUUUAAAGGAAUCGUCCACCAAUAUUGUCCAUACUGUUAGUAAUCUUUUCAAUCUACAAAACCUAAAAACUAUAUGUAUUUAAUAAUACCUUGUGCUUUGUAGUGUAUUCGAAACAUCAUAA